AGCUUCCUGGAAGUUGCUAUGGCACCCACAUUUCUCCAACCAUUAAAGCACCCAACCUUCGCUCCUCUUUCCCCUCAGUCCCAAUUAUUUUCUUUCUUCGUUCGCUUCCAACUUUUUUUCUUUUUUCGCGUUGUUUUGUGUCUUUUAAUAUUAAAUCAUCAUGAAACUCAAGGCUUAGUCCCAAAGGUCUCUUUGGAUCUGUAAAAAAGAAUCGAUCCAUGGUCUCCAAAUUCGACCCUUCGUCUUAUAGUUCCGGUUCCGGUACGUCAUCUUCUUCGUCAGAAUCCGUGUCUUCAAUUUGCAAAGGACAUCAGUACCCUUCGUCGGCUACUGCUGGUUUCGGAACACCCACCAGCGUCUUGCUCAAAACAUCAGGUGAUUGGUCGAACUUUUCCACUAAUUUUUAUUUAGAACUUUGUCAAGCGCUUAAAAUAGCAGAGAAAGAUAACGAUGCGGUUAUUACGAGAAGCGAACUCGAGGCUUUGCUUAGCAAGUUCGCCAGGCAGCCGCCGAGUCAGGAAGAGGUUUCGCUGAUGUUGAGUGAGGUGGAUGGAGACGGCGAUGGGUGCAUCAGCCUGGAAACGUUGAUGAGCCAGGUGGUUGGACCGGCUUGCGGCGAACCAGCUUGCGAACCGGAGCUAAGGGAGACUUUUGAUAUAUUUGAUACAGAUCAUGAUGGGAAGAUCACGGCGGAGGAGUUGAUGGCGUUUUAUAAAGAGAAAAUAGGUGAUGAACGGUGCACGUUAGAGGAUUGCCGGCGCAUGAUAGCGAGUGUUGAUAAGAAUGGAGAUGGGUUCGUGUGCUUCGAGGACUUCUCUAGAAUGAUGGGUUCGUGUGCACGUUAGAUGAGUGUUGAUAAGAAAUGAUGGAGCUGCAGACAUGAUCAUGAUUAGAAAGGGAUUUUAAUUUUAUCCUGUGUGUGUUUGAUAAUCAUGUGAUUUGAGAUAUGCACUUCAGUUAAGGAGGAAAACUGAUUUUUUAUUUUAAAUUUGAGAUUUGGGUUUUUUUUCUUACUUA